AUGGGGAAUAUUUGUAAACCUUAAGUUUAGUUACAAGAAGAAAAUGAGGUAGAUUUAAAUAAAAAAGCUGAAAUUGAAGAGCAAAGAAAAAAUGCAAUUCAUAAAUAAGAUAAUAGCAACGACUAAAAAUAAGAAUCUAUAACAGAUGAUCAAAAACAAUAACAAGAUAAUUAAGAUGGAUAAAAGUUGAGAAGUGAAAAUAAUUAAGAAGUACUUUUAAUAAAUAGUUCUUUAGUUAAAAAGAAGAGAAAAUAAAAAGAUGGCAUAAAUAGCAGCUGUUAUUGAUUAGGAAGUAAUAUAUGAAAAUAUCUAAAAACAAGAUAAAGUAAAAAGUCCUUUUGAUUAUUAACUAUUAUUGAAUGCAUUUUCUAAUAGUUUUAUAUUUGCAUAGUUGUAAGGCGAUGACAAGUAUCAAAAAUUGAAUAUUAUUUUGAGUAAAGGUCAUUGAGAAAAUGUUCUAUUGUACAGUGAAAGAUUAAGAGAUGGUAUUUAAAUAAGGAGAUAAGGGGAGUUCAUAUUUUUUAAUUGAAAGAGGUUAAUGCUAAAUUAUUAUAAAUAAUGAUGUAAAGAAAACCUUAAAAUCUGGUGAAGCAUUUGGUGAAUUAGCAUUAUUGUACAAUGCUCCAAGAUCUGCUUCAGUGAAAGCUAUAGGAGGUAAUAAAUUAAGUAAUACUUAGAUUGUGCUUUUUGGGCCAUAGAUAGAAAUACAGUAAGAAAAGUGAUUGAGGAAAUCUCUUUGAAGGAUUACGAAUAAAAUAAAGAGUUUAUAUAGAAAGUUUAAUUUUUUGGUAAUAAUAUAAAAUAAUAGAAUAGAAUCAUUGACUGAUGAUUAAAGAACUGCAAUUACAUCAGUUCUAAUAACACUUAAUUUUAAAGCUGGUGAAAUAAUAGUAAAUGAAGGAGAUUAAGCAGAUUCGUUUUUUAUAAUAAAAAAAGGAGAGAUUGAAAUUUCUAAAGGAGGGAAAUAGUUGAGAAUAAUGUAAUAAGGAGAUUCUUUAGGUGAAUAAGCAUUAUAAAGUAAUUCUGUUAGAGGUGCAACAGCAAAAGCACAUUAAGAUGUUAUAUUAUUGGCUUUAUCAAGAGAUGAUUUGACUAGAAUUUUGGGUGAUAAAAUAUAGACUAUUAUGUUUUUAAAUUUAUAAAGAUGGGCAUUUGAACGUCAUCCUAUUUUGAAAUAACUUACUAAAUUAUAAGUAGAAAGAAUAGUAAGUAAUAUGGAAUAGAAAUAAUUUAAAUAAGGUGAAGUAAUUUUAGAGAAAGGUUAAUAAUGUACUCAUUUGAUUGUUGUUUUAACAGCUAAUAUAUAAUAUGGAUAAUAAUCAAUAGAGAAAGGUUAAAUGUUUGGUGAUAAGUUUUUGGAAUAAUAAAAUUAAAUUUUAACUGAUUCUUUAAUAAUGAAAUAAGAUGGAUUGAUAAGUUAAAUAUAAAUUAAAGUAUUUUUUGAAAUUAUUGGUGGUACAUUAGAAUAAAUCUUUUUAAAAAAUGAGAAAGCACAUGAUAGAUUUAUUAAAAAAGAAGAAGGAUAAAAAAAAGAUUAAUAUGAUCAUUUUAAAUUAGAUGAAUUAAUAUCAAUAAAGAAAUUAGGUUAAGGUUAAUUUGGUAAUGUCUAUUUAGUUCAUAAUAAAAUUGAUAAGAAAAAUUAUGCUCUUAAAUGUAUAUCUAAAGCUUAAAUAAUUGAAUAAAAUUUGGAAAAGCAUUUAGCUUAGGAAAAAUAAACAUUAUAAACUGCUAAUUUUCCACUUAUUAUGCAUUUUGUUAAAAGCUUUUAAGAUAAAAAUUAUAUUUACUUUCUAGAGGAAUAUAUUAAAGGAAUGGAAUUAUUUGAUGUCAUUAGAGAAAUUGGACUUUUAAAUACAUAUGAUUCUCAAUUUUAUAUUGGAUCAUUAAUUUUAUGUAUGGAAUAUCUUCAUCUCAAUAACAUCAUUUAUAGAGAUAUUAAACCAGAAAAUAUUAUGGUUGAUGAUAAAGUAUAUAAUAUAUAUUUAUUAUAAGGGUUUUAUGAAAUUGAUUGAUUUAGGAACCGCUAAAAAUCUUAAAAAUAAGAAUGGUAGAACACAUACUAUUAUUGGAACUCCUCAUUAUAUGGCUCCAGAAAUAUUAUCUGGAAAAGGAUACACUUAUUCAGUUGAUUUAUGGUCUAUAGGUAUAUGUUUGUAUGAAUUUAUGUGUGGUAAUGUACCAUAUGCAGAAGAUGCCGAUGAUCCGUAAAUCUUGAUAUAAACUAUUUAGAUAUGAUAUUUAUGAGGAAAUCUAAAAGAAACCUUUGAGUUUUCCUUCUGUCCUCAAAGAUAGAAAGGCUAAAAAACUAAUCGAAUAACUCUUAAGCAAAACUCCUGAGUUAAGAUUAGGAUCAUCAUAUGCAAGUUUAAAAAACAAUUCAUUUUUUGAACAUUUUGAUUAUGAUUCAUUAAUGAACAGAGAUUUAAAACCUCCAUACCUUCCACCUAAAAGCAAACUAUAAAGUGAUAAAGAAAUCUAAAAAGCAAUAUAGGCUGGAAAACUUAUUACUGAAGAAAUUAAGGUAUCAUCAAUUACUAUUUUUAGAAUGAUCCAACAACAACCAAUAACAUAUAUAAACCAGAAAAAGCUAGAGAUCCUAAUUGGGAUAAAGAUUAUUGAA